AUGUUUUCAAGGAAAGAGAGUUCAAAUUCCGAUGGUGAAAUCUUCAAUACCGAUAGGGCCAUUAGCCCCAGAACCUCACAAUCGAGUUUUAAAGAAGCGCAGAGGAAGAAGAGCGGAAACACACCGGGGACUUUGUUACCAUUCGGCGCACAUGAGAACUUCGAAGCUGCUCUUGAUUCUACUCACCGAUGCCGUCUUCUCAACGCGCUUCGCGCUGAUGGAGUCCGAAGAAAAUUUGUACACGUAAUAAACGACAGUAAUAGAAGAACAACCACCGCGAUGCAAACACCAGCAAGAUGUGUUCCAGCGUUUGAAGUGGAAACGAGAGACAAGACACUUUCAUCCUCUCGACUAGCUGAGAGAUCAAAUUAUACAGCCACUUGCAACAGUCCCAAAAUGGUCCUAUCGAUUAUCCUACCAAUUCUUGCCCUACUUUCUGUGCUUAUCGCCACAGUAGUGCUCAUACUCACAUUAAUACAUCAAAUAUUGAAACACCAGGAUACUCAAAAAUACGACACACAACCUCGGUUGUAUCAAGUGCUCCGAAUGGCCAGUGGAGACGAGAUUCAAAACAGCAGCCUGGUCAAGCUUAGCUAUCCUAAUUGUGGAAAAGAUCUGUACAUAGGCUGCUGGAGAAGGGUGGAGUCACUGUCUGUGAUCAGUGAUGACAAAAACUCAGUUCAGGACUUUUACGUAAGAAACGUAUUCGCCUAUACGCUGCCGGAUCCCGAUGUUUUCUGCCCCCCAUCAAUUUUUGUCGGCAAAAAUUCACCAAUGGAAAAUUGCACAUCACCGUAUGACUGA